AUGAAGGAGAAGGUAAGAAAAGACCUCAUCCAGUUCCUGAGAAAGAGUAUCGAUGUUUUUGCAUGGAGUCAUGAUGACAUGCCAGGAAUCGAUCCAAGUGUAAUCACUCAUCGAUUGAAUGUGUACCCCUUUUCUAAGCCUGUUCGUCAGAAGAAGAGGGUGUUCGCUCCUGAGAGGGAUAAAGCAAUCAAGGAAGAGGUUCAGAAACUGACCACAGCACAGUUUAUUAAGGAAGUCUAUUACCCGGAUUGGUUAGCCAAUGUGAUGAUGGUGAAGAAAGAAAAUGGCAAGUGGAGAAUGUGCAUAGGGCGGAAUAUAGAGGUCUAUGUCGACAACAUGCUUGUGAAGAGCCUAGACGAGGGAAGCCACUUGGACGAUCUACAGGAAACCUUUGAAACACUUAGGCGAUAUAAGAUGAAAUUGAACCCAAGUGAAUGUGCAUUCGGAGUAUCAUCGGAAAAAUUUCUGGGGUUCAUGGUUUCGCAAAGAGGAAUUGAAGCGAAUCUAGACAAGAUCCAAGCUAUAUUGGACAUGGAACCACUAAAGAAUAUCAAGGAAGUCCAAUCCCUCACUGGGCGAGUUACUGCUUUGAACAGUUCAGCGCUAAUUAGGGAGGAAGGAAAAGUGCAAAAACCCGUGAACAACACUAGCCGAGCACUCAAAGGAGCAGAAGGAAGGUACCCACUGAUAGAGAAGUUGGCUUUUGCACUAAUAACAGCUUCUAGAAAGUUAAGACAUUACUUCCAAGUUCAUGUCAUCAGUGUCAUGACGAACCAUCCGCUCAGGAAGGCAAUGAACAAGCUGAAAGCUGCAAGACGAUUGAUUCAAUGGGCAGUCGAACUUAGUGAAUUUGACAUUCGAUACCAACCGAGAAAUGCAAUAAAGACCCAAGCCUUGGUAGAUUUCAUUGCAGAGUUCACUCCAAGUUAUGAGGACUUAGGCGGAAGAGAGGACAAUAAAAAAUGGGUCGUCCACGUUGACGGAUCGUCUACACUGCAUGUUGGAGGUAUAGGAGUUGUUUUGCAGUCACUAGAAGGAGACAAAUUAAAGCACAAGGUUCGUUUGCAAUACCAAACCACUAAUAUUGAAGUGGAGUAUGAAGCCUUUUUAAAGGGGUUGGAGUUGGCUAAAUUUGUAGAAGCAGACUCAAUACUUGUCUCAGGAGACUCUCAGUUGGUCAUAGGCCAAGUAAAUGGGACAUGUGAAGCUAAGGAAGACAGAAUGAAGAGAUAUUUAAAGAAGGUAGUACGUCUUGUGAAGAAAUUCAAAGAAGCUGAUUUCAUUCAAAUCCCGAGGGAAGAGAAUGUGGAAGCAGAUACUCUUGCAAAAGAAGCCUCUGUGAAUGAAGCAAUGGACGAGUUGGAUGAAGUACAAUACAUGCCAAGUAUAAACCUUCCAGAAAUGCUGCAGAUAGAGGGUGAUGAAAAUUGGAUGACCCCAAUAGUGUCAUACUUGAAGGACGGAAGGCUUCUAGAGGAGAAGGACGAGGCCAGGAAACUCAGGGUUAAAUCAGCAAGAACUACAGUGAGAACUCUUACAGGGGAAACUCCUUUUAAACUAGCCUAUGGAAGUAAGGUAGUUAUACCAGCAGAAGUACAUAUGGCCAGCCACAGGGUGAGGAAGUAUCAAGCUGAAGAAAACGAAGAACAGCUCUGUCUUAACCUUGACCUUAUGGACGAGGUGAGGAUGGAUGCAGAAUAG